UGUACUGCAUAUAAAAAUAUUGCUACAUAUUAUUCUUUCAAAAGUCCGAAUCUCGUUUGCCUGUCCUUUAUAAUAGAUGUCUAUGUAUUAGAAUUUUCUGUCUGCGACGAUCUAGUUUACUUAACAAACUGCGACGAUAUACUUUAACGUUUUAUAAAAAGUUGAAAAUCCUUAUCUUGUGGAGAGUUUUUCGAGUUUCUUGAAUAAUUACGGAUAUGGUCGUAGCAGUUCCGGUUUCUCUAGCGCCAGCUUAUGUUGCUUGUGGUAUGUUAUGUCUAGCAAAGCUGUUGGACUCACGGCCAUCAAACAAUCAGCUAUUUCCAGAUACUUCGAUAGACAGCCUUCCCACGAUUUGGUUCUGGCUAACCGCGUACUGGAUAACGUGCUUAUUGCAUACGUAUCUGUAAUCUGCAGCUGUAAAUUCAUGAAAGGCUAUGGGCAUAAUUUUUAAAUUUGCAAUAAUUACCAAAUUAUAAAUUACAUUUAGGCUUUAGUAAAUAGCUUAGUACUUAUUUGCAUUUAGUACAUACUUAGCUAUUACAAAUUACACUUAACACAUUUAGUACCAUAUUAUUACAAAUUACAUUUAGUACGUACUUGACUACUGAUUAGUAUUACAACGCUCGUACUUUGGUUUAAGUAAUAAUUAUUAUGAGAUGAAAAGCACUCGCGUCGUUACUGUACUUCACUAAGUGCUUAAUGUUGUCAUGCGGUGACACAACGACAAGCACUAAACAAGGCUUCGUGGACGCAGUUGACAACUUGCGUAACUGAAUGUUUCAAAAUGGGUAACGACAUCUCAUCAGAAUUACCACCAGAAUUUGAUCCAGACCAAAUAAGACGAUUAUAUCUUCGGUUUUUCAAGCUGGACUCAGACAACAAUGGCUAUAUCUCCCUGGAGGAAUUCACCGCUCUACCACAAGUGCGAGCGAACCCUUUGGCCACGCGCGUUCUAGAGGUUUUCGAUCGAGAUGGCAAUGGGUUAAUUGAUUUCCGGGAGUUUGCGCAGGGCAUGACAUUAUUCAGCAGCAAAGCCAAUAUCGAGCAGAAACUGCGGGUAAUCUUCAGCAUCUACGACAUGGACCGAGAUGGAUUCAUUUCCAAUGCGGACUGCUUUCGGGUAUUAAAAAUGAUGGUCGGAGAUAACCUUACAGAUGUGCAACUGCAGCAGACCGUCGACAAAAGCAUAAUUUACCACGAUAAAGACGGUGAUGGGAAGCUGUCGUUUUCCGAAUUUAAAGACACGAUAGGCAUGUUGGGAUCGCAAGGAGAUAAACUGGGAGUGACCCUUUAGCGAUGAAACGUGUUCGUGAUUGGACGAACACUGAUUUAUCAGGAUUGCGAUUGUAGCGCACUAAGCGCAGAUCAAUCAUAAGUUCCCUUCGAGAAAGGGCCGGCCGGAACGUUGUGUUCCAAAAUUUCUGAACGAGUGUACAUGUAGUCUCAUAAUAUAACAGAAAGCCAAUUAAUGGGUUGAGUUGGCACAUCCUGCAAUAUUCCUUUCCUAAUUUUAAUAGUAAAAAUAAAAUAUACUAACAAAGUUGAAUGCUGUCCCUGUUGAAGUCAAUAUCUCACGAUCACCAAUAAAACAAA